CGCGGCACCGGAUUGCGCCGGAACGGCUCAACUCUGCGCGAACGGACGCAAUGCGGAGUAAAACUAAAACAAACAGAAACUCGCCUCGUGCGUUUUAAGUCAAAUGAACAUCGUGGGUAAGAAUAUACCGCUUUAACAGCGGCGUUCUCGCGGCCUCGCCGCUUUAUCGAACACGUACGGUUACGCGCAACCGUGAGAAAUCCACGCCGGGUUUUUGAAUGCCUGAACACAAGCCGUUCUGGGCUCUGAAAAAGGACAUUUUCAAGUUACAGCCGGUCAGAGCGAGCCUUGUGGAAAGGGGGUGUGUUGAAAAUUGGCAAAGGUACGUGCGCAGCUUUCAUUGAAAGUUUUUCUUCUGUUUAAAUGCAUCCGCGUCCUAUGCUUGCUCCGAAUGCUUCUCGGUCAAGUCCGCGUUGUUUGCCGCCACCGAGCUUCCUGUUCAUUUGAAUAGUUCUGCUGAAUCUCCAUCAGGAGUUCUUCAAAGCAGUUGAGAAGACAAAAGGUGCUAAGAACAGAAAAUGGUACCGAAAACCAGACUUGGGAAACGGUCCCCGCUGGGCACCCUGGUGUGUGGUUCCUCAGCGGAGGGCCUGGCAGAAACGGGACCCCACGGAUGCCCAGACAAUGGGCUUCACAGAAGCAAGCUUUACCCGGGACAGAAGGUGUAUGUGCACUGCGGAGGACAAGAAUGCGGAGGUGUGGUCGAACAGCAUAACCACGUGGACAAUGAAGUGUCUAUCUUCCUACCGCAGCUCAACCAGCAUGUUCAUCGCAAGCUGGAAGACGUGUGGACGAGCCCCACUUCCAGCUCUACCUUCUCAGUCUCCUCGUCCAUUGAUGUGCCAAGAAGGAGUCCAGAGACGGUGGACAUGGAUGAGAUUAUGGCUGCAAUGGUGCUUACAAGUCUGUCGUGCAGUCCAGUCAUCCAACACUCGGCUCUGGGGAGUGCAACACAAGCUUUGUGUGGGAUAGAAAAUGGUGGUAGCGAGCUGUCUGAUGGUGGAUAUUGGAGUUGCGACCAUGGAAACGGAAGCCCCGCCCCAUCCCCGCCAAUCGCAGAGAUUGACAAGAGCGCCCCUCUCGUUGACGAAGGCCUGGACAUGGAACUGGACCAAAUGUUGUUCAACGAGCCAACUCCAAGAAAACGCAAAAAUUCAGUAAAAGUUGCAUAUCGGUGCUUGUGGCCAAAUUGUGGAAAAAUACUGACCACAGUAGUGGGCAUCAAACGUCACAUUCGAAAUUCUCAUCUUGGACAAAGUGAUGAGCACUCCCAAAGGGAAGAAGACUUCUACUACACUGAAGUCUAUCAGGACUUGGAACAGACCACUCCCUCUGGUGGCCAUCAGCCUUCCUGCACUUCUCCAUCCAGUCCCAGCCGGCUCACACCCCCACCUCCCUCCACCCCAGACAUGCUCCAACCCAGCCCUCUCAGCCAGUCCGCCCCGGGCAGCUUCUGGCAGGUCCAUUCUGAGCACUCUUACCAGGCUCCUCCACCCGUUCAGGUUGUGACUCAGAGCAAACCGGUGUCUGUUCCCGUGCCCUGUCAUUGGACUCCAUCCCUCACAGUUCACCAGAGCAAACAGGGCUCGCCAUUCCGCCGUCGUUCAGUUAGUGUUGGUGAACAGUGGCUCCAAAAUAACAAUGCCACCUUCAGGCCACAUCCUGCCAGUGUUUCACCUCCAAGAAACCAUUGCACUUCAAGGAGGAUUCGGGGCGAAGCCAAGAAGUGCCGGAAGGUGUACGGCAUCGAACACCGAGACCAGUGGUGCACCGCCUGCCGCUGGAAAAAGGCCUGUCAGAGAUUCCUCGACUGAACCCUUCUUUAGAUUGAUGGAAACAGAACACUAACCUUACAGAGACCCACAAGAGGGCAUCUUACCAGGAAAUAUGGUUGGAAGAAACCAAAAGAGCACCUUCGUGACUUAAAAACUUUUUCUACUUUUUAAUCGCAAUUUCCGUGUUUUUUUGAAAUGUGCUAAGGAACCAUGUUGGUGCUGGAAGAAUAAAGCAAAAAGGACAGCCUCUGCCCCACAAUCUCCUGCAGUCUUCCUACUUCUUAUUUCAAGAACCGAUGAAGUCUGAUGUGUUUUUUUUGUUUUUGUUUUUACAAGCAGCAAACAGCCAUAUACGACAGCAGCAGCCAUAUACUUUUUGUUUAGUGUGACGUAAACAUUGUCGUCGUCAGACACAGAUGGAAAGUUUACUUACCAUUCCGACUUAAUCGCUCAUAUGAGAGGUCUUUACCGUGGUCCAUUGCUUUCAGGGGCAUAAUUGGCAGCUUAUGGUUAAUUGUAGAUAAAACAAGAACGCUGAAUAAAUGUUUUAAUAGCAUAUAACAUUUAUGUUCAUGUAUGCCAUGUUUACUCGUUGAGAUGCAGUUUUAUUUUCUUUGAUUUUUCCGGUGCAAAAUUUUGUAAAACAAACUUUUGAAAAGGAAAAAGGAGGAAAAAAAGGAUUUUGUAUUACGAUUUUUGAUAUCUGCGGUGUGUUAAAUCGUAUGUCAUUAUCAGUAUAUUUCUGUCACAGGUUAUACUUCUGUGGACUGAGAUGAUUCACUUUUCUGUCACAUGAAUAUUAAGGAAUUAUCUGUGUAAACAUGCAUGAUCUGAUACAGUUAUUAGUUUACUUUUGAGCUUUUGCCCCAGUCUGCUCUCUGGCUGUCCGUCGGUUUAAACUGUUUUCUUGCCAAAGAGAAUCUCAGCAAGAAAAUGCAUCAUACACAUCUCAAAAUAAUGUGAAAUUUAAUCCGUUGACCAUUUGAGAAAGUUGUAACCAACCGUUUGGUUCACACUGGGUCCAAAUAUUUUCUUACUUUGUAUAACAAUUCUAUACGUCGACUUUUUAUGUGUAGCUCAACAUCUUUUGCAAAGCUUGACGCUUUGACAACAUAAAACUGAAUGUACCUUA